UCUGGAGCCUCCUGCCCUCUGCCGGUUGAUCUGGUUUCAGACCAGGAGCUUUCAGAAGGCUCUCUGGCUGCAAGAUGAUGAACUCUUCCCUGGACCCGCUGGAGCUUGAGCUCCUCAACCUGAGCGGCCCUCCUUUCUGCCUCCUGGACGUGGGCUACAGCCAGAUCUUAAACACCUGUCUACUGGAGGUAGCCAUCAUCCUGCUGCUUACCAUCCUCAUCAUCUCUGGCAACCUGGUGGUGAUCUUUGUGUUCCACUGUGCUCCUCUUCUCCACCACCACACAACCAGUGCCUUCAUCCAGACCAUGGCCUACGCAGACCUGUUGGUGGGGGUCAGCUGCCUCAUCCCCUCCCUGUCCCUCCUCCACCACCUGAAAGGCCUGGACGAGGAGCUGACCUGUAAGGUGUUUGGUUACAUGGUUUCCGUGUUGAAGAGCGUUUCCAUGGCGUCACUGGCGUGUGUUAGCGUGGACCGAUACAUGGCGAUAACACGGCCUCUGUCGUACGCUACCUUGGCGACGCCGUGCCGGAUCCGCGUGUGCAUCCUCCUCAUCUGGGUCUACUCCGCCCUCGUCUUCCUGCCCUCCUUCUUCGGCUGGGGGAAGCCCGGCUACCACGGCGAUGUGGUGGAGUGGUGUGCGGUGGAGUGGGAGACGAGGCCGCUCUUCACAUCGUUCAUUGUGGCGCUGCUCUACGCGCCAGCCGCCAUGACGGUCUGCUUCACCUAUGUCAACAUCUUCCGGAUCUGCCGGCAGCAUACGAGGGAGAUCAGCGAGCGCCGCGCCCGGUUCGGCCCACAGGAAGGCUCUCUGGGACAGGAUGGCCAGCCGCAGCAUGCGCCGGCGUGCACGGACAAACGCUACGCCAUGGUGCUGUUCCGCAUCACCAGCGUCUUCUACCUCCUCUGGCUUCCCUAUAUCCUGUAUUUCCUGCUGGAGAGCGCUGGGAUCUACAGUCACCCUGCCGCCUCGUUCAUCACCACCUGGCUGGCUAUCAGCAACAGCUUCUUUAACUGUCUGAUCUAUAGUCUGUCCAACAGUGCCUUCAGGAAGGGUUUAAAACGCCUCUGUUCGUUCUGUGUGCAGCGCGUGGACAGUAAGAAGUCCUUCAGCCCCGCACCAGGGUACGGACAGGGGCCCAUCUGCACACGCUCCACAUGCCAUGUCUAGGAUCUCCCAGAGAGCCUUGUGGUGGUUGAGUCAAAGUAUCGUGUUGUUAUAGCACUAAGCAUGUCCCAUACUGAUGCUGAGCUAAAGGGAACAGGCUUCACAGGGAGUUGUGUUGCUGCGGAUGCUGCUGUUUCUCUACAGUUGUAGGUUUGUUGGAGGGUUGCGUCUCUGCUGCCACUGACGGGAUCGUCUCCAGGGCCUGAGAGCUGUGAGACCCGCUUGGGAAGUACAGCCAAGGCUCAGCCCCAGCCAUGAGAGAGGUGGGAGAGGUGGGACGUGGAGUUACUCUAACCUUUGACUCCUGAUAUAGAUGACAGCGUUAUGGCUACGUUGUUUCAGCCUGUGAGAGUUGAGGUGACUGAAGACCUCCCUUCUGACAGUACUUGCCAAAAACACAAACUGUAAGAACACAUGUUCUUUUAGGGGAGGUUUUUUUCUGGGACUCUGUAUCUUCCUAGCAGCUUGUGAAACUAUUUGUAUUUGUGCUAUGACUACAAUGUAUAGAAUGCAAAAAAUGACUCACAUUAUUUAAAGGUCCAAUGCAGUCAAAAUUAUGUUUUUCCUGUUACAUUUACAUUUUAGUAAUUUAGCAGGCACACUUAUCUAGAGCGAAUUACAAUUAGCGGAUUCAUCUUAAGACCGCUAGGUGAGACAACAACACAUCACAGUCGUAUCUAGUACAUUUUCCCUCAACAGAGUAUCUAUCAGCAAAGUCAGUGCCAGUAAAACACUGUGAGAGUUAUUUAAGAUGCUCUUCAAAGAGCUCUGGUUUCAGAAAGAUGGGCUGUCCUGACUUCAGGGGGAAGCUUGUUCCACUAUUGGGGUGCCAGGACAGAGAAUAGCUUUGACUGAAUUGAGCGGGAACUUCCCCCCCGUAGGGGUGGGAGAGCCAAGAGACCAGAAGUGGCGGAAUGGAGUGCUCGGGUUGGGAUGUAGGGUUUGAACAUGGCCUGAAGUUAGGGAGGGGCAGUUCCCCUUGCUCCUCCGUAGGCAAGAUUAUGCGAGCUUCGACUGGAUGCCAGUAGAGUGAGCGGGGUUACAAGGAGAAUUUAGCAAGGUUGAGCCCCAGGCAGGCUGCGGCAUUUAUAAUCUACAACUAUUACAGUAAGGUACUUAAUUGUUACCCAGAAAUUAUUUUAUGUUAAUAUAAAAACAGCUGCAUUGGGCCUUUAAAAUAACGGAGAAACACUUGAUUGCUGCUUUCUUAUGCCUAGCUGAGUGGAGCUGUCAAUAACAACUUAUUUAAAUGUUCGCCCUUGUGGUUUUUGCGGAAACAGAUUAUUUACAACAUUGUGCGCUGAGGGGUGCAACAACCUCAAAGUCUGAAGAGAAGCAAGUAGGUCUAUAUCAUUUAUUUACAUCUGGGUUGUUCUGAGGCAGAGAAAGAGAGGACGACCGAUAUAUCGGUUCCCCGAUAUUAUUGGCUGAUAUUGGCCUUUUAACACUGUAUCGGUAUCGGCCGAUAAUUCCACCGAUAAACGAUGUUCAAUGAAUAGGAUGAAAAAAAAGAAUCUCAUGCUUUCCUGAAUGAUUGCGGCUGUUCCCAUGAAGUGUUAUUCAUUUCACAAUGUAAGAAAUCAACAUUUGAAGUGUAUUUCUUGGACGGCAGUUUGUGAGAAUUCAGUGUGGAAAAGAUUAUAUCGGCAGAUAUAUCAGUAAGUUUUGUCAUCCCAAAAAUCUGAAUCGUAUCGGAUCCCCAAAAAGCCAUUGUUCGGCCUCUAAUUAGUAGUCGUAGUUGAACUAGUUUACUACUGAGGGAUCAGUGUCAUCAUUGACUGGAUGCCUCGUUUCAACAAACUUCCUCAUCAUCAGAGCCUGUCUGGCUCUGUAACCAAACUACAUUCCGCUUCACUUAUGAGGAGAAUGUGGUCGUUGUGUCAAAGCAGAAGGUUCUAGAGAAGUGAUUAAGCUCCAGAAUAGUUGAUCAUCUCCAAAGCUUUGCCCCGCAUAUGUGAUCUGUUCUAGACUAGGAGUAUCUGCUGCUAUACCGAUGGGGCUCGUGCGUGCCUGGAGCACAGGAAGGCUUGGGAAUCAUUAAAUCAACCUCACAUCUCAGUCUUAACGUUAAUGACAGUGAAUGUUGAUGGUGAGUACUGAGAAUGCUGUGAGCUGCUGUUAGCUGAGGAACAUCUGGCUGGGUGUCGUAAACGUCUUGUCCGUCUGUCAGCCACCCUCCACCUUUCUCCUCCUGCUCAUUACAUCACAGAAAGCCAGGGGGAAAAAGAGAGGGAGAAAGAGCAGAAUAGCAGCUGUGGAGUGAGAGAGAGCCCUAAGAUAAACAUUAUGGCCGCAGUAAUACUGUGCCACACACACACACACACACACACACACACACACACGAGGUAAUGUGGGACGUUAAACAGUACCGCUGUAUGUCCAGACCCAGAUGCUUCAAGACAUUUGACUUUUCCAGCCGGGGCCACAACACAACAGUAUAAAACAAGCUGGUUCAGACCAGGCUGUUCCAGCCGGGGCCACAACACAACAGUAUAAAACAAGCUGGUUCAGACCAGGCUGUUCCAAAUGGAACCCUAUGUAGUGCUCAAGUGUUUUUAAACAAAUGUUACUGGAUAUUUAUUAGACUUUUCACAGGUUUUGGCUUCUUGUCACUUUUCUCUCUUUAGUUCUCUGACAUUUGGGAGCAAAUAUACAACGGACACAGUGGCUUUAUUUUCCUAGUGGACCAAAGUUGAAUAUUUAUUGGAUUUUGUAUAUUUGAAGAAGAAAGAGAGAAUGAGAGAUGGCAAGAAAAAGAAAGUGUAAUUCAGGUUGAUGACUUUUUUUUAUGGAUGUUUUCAUGUUAGGAAUUUUGCAGUGAUGAAGGUGUGGCCAGACAUUGAGUUGGACUGCUGUGUUCCUAGGCUGCCUCUGCAAUGAAUCCAGUGUUCUGGGUACAGGCUCCAUCGACGGCUUUUCACAGUUGCCUGUACAGCAGGCCUUUCUGAAUCUAUUAACAUGUAUUUAUUUAAAAAUAUUUCAAAGCUGUACGUAGUCUUUUAUGCAUGUUUUACUUACUGUAUAUAUUUGAUUGAAUGGUCACUUUUCGUUUUCAAAUCAUAAACUGUUGUCAAACUGUCUAAAGUGUAAAUGCUUUUGGAGACGUACGUCUUCACGGCAAUGCUGUCAAAGGGCACAGUGCAAUACAUUCAGUGUUCCU